CGCUCACGAGCGUCCUCUCCCCACUUCACGGGUCGGCGCCUGUGGCACCCCGGCUGCACCCCGCGACACCCCUGCCGAACCAGGGGACCCUCACCUUGCGCAGCCCGCGCCCCUCCCCUACUCUCCACCCCAGCUCCCGCCCCCUGCUCGCCACCGCUGCCGGCUGGGGUCCGCUGCCGUUCAGUCGCCGGCAAAGCUCCCUCCACUGCGGCCACCCAGUCGGCCUCCACCCCGCUGCGCCCCGGCUCUCCUCGGAGUCCCUGGGGAUACCGAGCGAGCGCGCCGGGGCAGGGCUAGCCGCGCGGCCGGAGACUGCCCGCGAUGGCGGGAGCCUGGCUCAGGUGGGGACUCCUGCUCUGGGCAGGACUGCUAGCGUGGUCUGCGCACGGCCGGGUGCGGAGGAUCACGUACGUGGUGCGCCCGGGCCCGGGGCUGGCGGCCGGAGCCUUGCCUCUGGCUGGGCCCCCACGGACCUUCAACGUCGCGCUGGACGCCAGGUACAGCCGCAGCUCAUCGGCCACCUCCAGCCGCUCCUUGGCCGGGCCCCCAGCCGAGCGGACCCGGCGCACCAGCCAGCCUGGCGGCGCGGCCCUGCCUGGGCUGCGAUCACCGCUGCCACCCGAGCCCGCGCGUCCGGGGGCGCCGGGCCGCCAGUUCCACUCUAAGGCCGGUGCUCAGCCCGUGGUCAACCGCUUCGCCAAACAUGGCAGGCAAGUCGUGCGCUCCAAAGUGCAGCAGGACACCCAGAGCGCCGGGGGCUCCAGGCUGCAGGUUCAGCAGAAGCAGCAGCUGCAGGGAAUCAAUGUCUGUGGAGGGCAGUGCUGCCAGGGCUGGAGUAAGGCUCCCGGUUCUCAGAGAUGCACCAAACCAAGCUGUGUUCCGCCAUGCCAGAAUGGAGGGAUGUGUCUCCGGCCGCAGCUCUGUGUGUGUAAGCCAGGGACCAAGGGCAAAGCCUGCGAGACCACAGCUUCCCAGGACACGGUGUCACCAGUCUUCGGAGGACAGAAUCACGGGUCUCCUUGGGUUCCUCCUGAGCAAGUGGCAAAGCAUCCCUCGACCAAGAAGGCAGAUGCUCUCCCAAGGGCCAGUCCAGUGGCUCAGAUGACCUUGACCCUCAAGCCGAAACCUUCCGUGGGCCUCCCCCAGCAGAUCCAUUCUCAAGUGGCACCCUUGACUUCCCAGAAUGUGAUGAUUCAUCAUGGCCAGACUCAGGAGUAUGAGCUCAAGUCCAAGUACCUCCCAUCCCCGAAGGUGGUCUCUGGAGAGCAGUCCAUGGAAGGGGCUUUCUCUUUAAGAUACGGGCAGGAUCCAGGCACCGCACCCUUUCAGUUGAGUAACCACACUGGCCGCAUCAAGGUGGUCUUUACUCCGAGCAUCUGUAAAGUGACCUGCACCAAGGGUAACUGUCAGAACAGCUGCCAGAAGGGGAAUACCACGACUCUCAUUAGUGAGAACGGCCAUGCAGCCGACACCCUGACAGCCACGAACUUCCGAGUGGUAAUUUGCCAUCUCCCAUGUAUGAAUGGUGGCCAGUGCAGUUCAAGGGACAAAUGUCAGUGCCCUCCAAAUUUCACAGGAAAGCUUUGCCAGAUCCCUGUCCUUGGUGCCAGUGGGCCUAAACUCUAUCAUCAGCACUCCCAGCAGCCAGGCAAGGCACUGGGGACCCAUGUCAUCCAUUCCACACAUACCUUGCCUCUGACCAUGACAAGUCAGCAAGGAGUCAAAGUGAAAUUCCCCCCCAACAUAGUCAAUAUCCAUGUGAAGCACCCUCCCGAGGCUUCUGUCCAGAUUCACCAGGUUUCCAGAAUUGACGGCCCAAUGGGCCAGAAGGUGAAAGGAGGUCCACCAAGCCAGCCGCUGGUCUCUUACCAGGGCCUUCCCGUCCAGAAGACCCACCAGCAGGUCAUUCCACAUGUGUAUCCUGUGGCUGCUAAGACACAGCUUGGACGGUGCUUCCAGGAAACCAUUGGGUCACAGUGUGGCAAAGCGCUCCCUGGCCUUUCAAAGCAAGAGGACUGCUGUGGGACAGUGGGGACCUCCUGGGGCUUUAACAAAUGCCAGAAAUGCCCCAAGAAGCCAUCCUAUCAUGGAUAUACUCAAAUGAUGGAGUGCCUGCAAGGAUAUAAGCGGGUUAACAACACAUUUUGUCAAGAUAUUAAUGAGUGUCAGCUACAAGGUGUGUGCCCUAAUGGUGAGUGUUUGAAUACCAUGGGCAGCUACCGAUGUUCCUGCAAAAUGGGAUUUGGGCCCGAUCCUACCUUUUCAAGUUGUGUUCCGGAUCCCCCUAUGAUCUCAGAAGAGAAGGGGCCCUGUUACCGCCUUGUCAGUCCCGGAAGGCACUGCAUGCAUCCGCUCUCUGUUCACCUCACCAAGCAGAUCUGCUGUUGUAGUGUGGGCAAGGCCUGGGGACCACACUGUGAGAAAUGUCCCCUCCCAGGUACAGCUGCUUUUAAGGAAAUCUGUCCUGGUGGAAUGGGUUAUACGGUGUCUGGCGUUCAUAGACGCAGGCCAGUCCAUCAGCAUAUAGGUAAAGAAGCUGUGUUUGUCAAGCCAAAGAACACUCAACCUGUUGCUAAAAGUACUCAUCCUCCACCUCUCCCAGCCAAGGAAGAGCCAGUGGAGGCCUUGACCUCCUCGCGGGAACACCGGCCGGGAAUGGCGGAGCCCGAAGUGGUAACAACAUCUCCUGAGAAGGAAAUACCUUCACUGGAUCAAGAGAAAACCAGACUUGAGCCUGGGCAACCCCAGCUCUCUCCAGGCAUUUCAACUAUCCAUCUGCACCCUCAGUUUCCAGUAGUGAUUGAAAAGACAUCACCCCCUGUGCCUGUAGAAGUGGCUCCUGAAGCUUCCACAUCUAGUGCCAGCCAAGUGAUUGCUCCUACACAAGUAACAGAGAUCAACGAGUGUACUGUGAACCCAGACAUCUGUGGGGCGGGACACUGCAUCAACCUGCCGGUGAGGUACACCUGCAUAUGCUACGAUGGUUACAGGUUCAGUGAGCAGCAGAGGAAGUGCGUUGACAUUGACGAAUGUGCUCAGGUCCAGCACCUCUGCUCCCAGGGUCGCUGUGAGAACACGGAGGGAAGUUUCCUGUGUAUUUGCCCAGCAGGGUUUAUGGCCAGUGAGGAGGGUACCAACUGCAUAGAUGUGGAUGAAUGUCUGAGGCCUGACGUGUGUAGGGAGGGUCGCUGCAUCAACACUGCCGGGGCCUUCCGGUGUGAAUAUUGUGACAGUGGCUACCGGAUGACCAGGCAGGGACACUGCGAGGAUAUCGAUGAGUGUCUGACACCCAGCACUUGUCCUGAAGAACAGUGUGUGAACGCCCCAGGCUCUUACCAGUGCGUCCCAUGCACGGAAGGCUUCCGAGGCUGGAAUGGACAAUGCCUUGACGUGGACGAGUGCCUGCAGCCAAAGGUCUGCACGAACGGUUCCUGCACCAACCUUGAAGGCUCCUACAUGUGUUCCUGUCACAAGGGCUACAGCCCCACUCCAGACCAUAGACACUGUCAAGAUAUUGAUGAAUGUCAGCAAGGGAACUUAUGCAUGAACGGGCAGUGCAGAAACACGGACGGCUCCUUCUGGUGCACCUGUGGACAAGGAUACCAGCUGUCGGCUGCUAAAGACCAAUGCGAAGAUAUUGACGAAUGCCAACACCAUCACCUCUGCUCUCACGGGCAAUGCAGAAACACAGAGGGCUCCUUCCAAUGUGUGUGUCACCAGGGUUACAGAGCAUCUGCGCUUGGAGACCACUGUGAAGAUAUCAACGAAUGCCUAGAGGACAGUAGCGUCUGCCAGGGAGGAGACUGUAUCAAUACUGCGGGGUCCUAUGACUGUACAUGCCCAGAUGGAUUCCAGCUAGAUGACAAUAAAGGAUGUCAAGACAUUAAUGAAUGUGCGCAGCCGGGGCUCUGCGGUCCUCACGGAGAGUGUCUAAACACGCACGGGUCUUUCCACUGUGUCUGUGAACAAGGGUUCUCCAUCUCUGCAGAUGGCCACACGUGUGAAGAUAUUGAUGAAUGUGUAAACAACACUGUGUGUGACAGUCAUGGGUUUUGUGACAACACAGCUGGCUCUUUCCGCUGCCUCUGUUAUCAGGGCUUUCAAGCCCCACAGGAUGGGCAAGGGUGUGUGGAUGUGAAUGAGUGUGAGCUGCUCAGUGGUGUAUGUGGAGAGGCUUUCUGUGAAAACGUGGAAGGGUCCUUCCUGUGCGUAUGUGCGGACGAGAGCCAAGAGUAUAGUCCCAUGACUGGGCAGUGCCGCUCCCGGGCCACCGAAGAUUCUGGUGUAAAUCAUCAACCCAGGGAAGAAAAGAAGGAAUGCUACUAUAAUCUCAAUGAUGCUAGUCUCUGCGAUAAUGUGCUGGCCCCCAAUGUCACCAAACAAGAAUGCUGCUGUACGUCGGGUGCUGGCUGGGGCGACAACUGUGAGAUCUUCCCCUGCCCUGUCCAGGGGACAGCUGAGUUCGCGGAAAUGUGCCCUAGAGGGAAAGGAUUUGUCCCCACUGGAGAAGCCUCUUUCGACACUGGUGGCGAGAACUAUAAAGAUGCUGAUGAAUGUCUGCUGUUUGGGGAGGAAAUCUGCAAAAAUGGUUACUGUUUGAACACUCAGCCCGGGUAUGAAUGCUACUGUAAGCAAGGGACAUACUAUGAUCCCGUCAAAUUACAGUGUUUUGAUAUGGAUGAAUGUCAAGACCCUAACAGUUGUAUCGAUGGCCAGUGUGUUAAUACAGAGGGCUCUUACAACUGUUUUUGCACUCACCCAAUGGUACUGGAUGCCUCCGAGAAAAGAUGUGUGCAGCCAACUGAAUCCAAUGAACAAAUAGAAGAAACUGAUGUCUACCAAGAUCUGUGCUGGGAGCAUCUGAGUGAGGAGUACGUGUGCAGCCGUCCCCUGGUGGGCAAGCAGACGACGUACACCGAGUGCUGCUGUCUCUAUGGGGAGGCAUGGGGCAUGCAGUGCGCUCUCUGCCCCAUGAAGGACUCAGAUGACUAUGCCCAGCUGUGCAACAUCCCCGUGACAGGGCGACGGCGGCCAUAUGGACGAGAUGCGUUGGUGGACUUCAGUGAGCAGUAUGGCCCAGAGACAAACCCUUACUUCAUUCAAGACCGUUUUUUAAAUAGCUUUGAGGAAUUGCAGGCAGAAGAAUGUGGCAUCCUCAAUGGCUGUGAAAAUGGCCGCUGUGUGAGGGUCCAGGAAGGUUAUACCUGUGAUUGCUUUGAUGGGUACCACCUGGAUAUGGCCAAGAUGACUUGUGUUGAUGUAAAUGAAUGCAAUGAGCUGAAUAAUCGGAUGUCUCUCUGCAAGAAUGCCAAGUGCAUCAACACCGAAGGCUCCUACAAGUGUGUGUGCCUGCCGGGCUACGCGCCGUCGGACAAGCCCAACUACUGCACGCCGCCGAGCACCGCUUUGAAUUUAGACAAAGAUGGUGACUUGGAGUAAAGGGGAAGCUACGUGACCUGUGCCCAUAUACUCUGCACUGUGUAAAGGAAGAGGGAGAAAUGCAUACCUAACACACCGCACCUAACCCAGAAUGGCGAAGACAGAAACAAUGUGGAGUUGAAUGAACCCCAAAGACAGUGACCAGAUGGGUGUGACAGACCAAAUGGACAUUUCUCCAAAGAUCCAGUAUAUAUAGUCUGUUCAUAUGUAAAAUUCAGUGGAAAAGAGGCAGGACGGGGCUGUUAUUUUAAACAGAGGUUGUAUUAUUAUCUUGUUUUGAUUUUUUUCUUUUUUACUAUUGCCUAAAUUUGGCUUUUAAAUAGUGGUGGUGAUGUUUUAUAUGACUUCCUUUUUGUUGAGCAGUUCCUCAACUACCGUUUUUCUUCCUUCAGUGUUAAUCUCAAGCUCAAACAUCUUUGAUAAAGUAUUGUUAAGUGUAUUAUAAGUGUUAGGACACAGGGUUGUGCUGUUCUUCGGUCUGGAGCCUUUUAAAAACAAAUUGUCUGUCCUGUGGAGUAGGCAGUGAUUGUUAAGCUUUUGUAGACAUUUGGAGGUGGGGGGGAACGUUUAUUUUCAUAUAUUGCCAUAUCUCCUAUCAAUUGGAUCCCUUUGUUCGACUGAAAUGGAAGAACUUGUUAACCUAUAUUGGUAUUGUAAUGUGUAAAGUCAACCCAGAGAAAUUUUAAAACCUGAACAUCCCCCCAAAUAUUUACCAUUGUAUAAGAAAAUAAAAUCACCAUUUUUGUA